AUGUUCGCUCACACGCAACGACAGUGCUACGUUGACGACUCGCAGCUGGAUCGCUCUUUCCUGGAAGUGAUCAACCCCACGAUCUUCGAAUCGGACGGUUCCUACAACCACACGGUUUGUGCCUUCUACGAACUCUUUUACAAGUUUACUACCGACAAAGUGAUCUCAACCCUUGGAAAAGAAUUGCAUAGCCUGUACAAGGAACAGCUGGUACUCAGGUUCAGCGCUAUAGCCGAUGCCAUGAAAGAGCAAAUGCGACAAUUGCACGAUAAUACUAUAACGGAACUAAAGAAAGCUUGCUUGGAGUUGGCCAAAGAAAUAGACGCAGAGGCUAGUUUCUUCUUGGGGGAGAACCCUCAGAGUCGAACCAAGGGUGCCGCUCAAAGGGCCACCGAGACCCUCGUUUCCCCUCAGACCCGCAGCUCCACCAGAAGUCAUCCCUGA